CCCAAGCGGUUUCAAACGGCUUAGAGCAGGCCGCUUGGUUCUGACCCGGUGGAGGCGAGUGGUCGGUGGGCCUGCCCCACCCGCGAGGCCCUCGAGUGCAGGCAUCGCGCGCGCAGAGGAGCCCCUGAAUCCCGGGCGGCUGGGGGGCCUCCAGACGCGCGCCUCCCUUGCCCCACGAACCCGGCAGGAAAUACUCUGAAUUCUAAGGAAAACCUGGAAGCACAAUGGGAGAUGACAGUGAGUGGUUGAAACUGCCAGUUGAUCAGAAAUGUGAACACAAGCUGUGGAAAGCAAGGUUAAGUGGAUAUGAAGAGGCCCUGAAGAUCUUCCAGAAAAUAAAGGAUGAAAAGAGCCCAGAAUGGUCCAAAUUUUUAGGAUUGAUCAAAAAAUUUGUCACUGAUUCCAAUGCAGUGGUUCAAUUGAAAGGAUUAGAAGCUGCACUUGUUUACGUUGAAAAUGCCCAUGUAGCAGGAAAAACCACAGGAGAAGUUGUGUCAGGUGUUGUAAGUAAAGUGUUCAACCAACCUAAAGCCAAAGCCAAGGAGCUGGGCAUAGAGAUCUGUCUUAUGUACAUAGAGAUUGAGAAAGGAGAGGCUGUGCAAGAAGAGCUCCUGAAAGGCUUGGACAAUAAGAAUCCCAAGAUCAUAGUGGCCUGUAUAGAGACACUGAGGAAAGCCUUAAGUGAAUUUGGUUCCAAAAUCAUCUUGCUUAAGCCAAUUAUCAAAGUGUUGCCAAAACUCUUUGAGUCUCGAGAGAAGGCUGUUCGAGAUGAAGCCAAACUAAUUGCUGUGGAGAUUUACAGGUGGAUUCGGGAUGCUCUGAGACCCCCAUUACAAAAUAUAAACUCUGUUCAGUUGAAAGAACUAGAAGAAGAAUGGGUCAAACUGCCAACAAGUGCUCCUAGACCUACUCGAUUUCUUCGUUCCCAACAAGAACUGGAAGCUAAAUUGGAACAACAACAGUCUGCUGGUGGAGAUGCUGAAGGAGGUGGUGAUGAUGGUGAUGAAGUGCCACAAAUAGAUGCUUAUGAGCUUUUAGAAGCUGUAGAAAUCCUUUCCAAACUUCCCAAAGACUUUUAUGACAAAAUUGAGGCAAAAAAAUGGCAAGAGAGAAAAGAGGCCCUGGAGGCUGUAGAAGUACUAGUAAAAAACCCCAAACUGGAAGCUGGCGAUUAUGCAGAUUUAGUAAAAGCAUUAAAGAAGGUUGUUGGAAAGGACACCAAUGUCAUGUUGGUGGCUUUGGCAGCAAAAUGUCUUACUGGCCUGGCUGUUGGGCUAAGGAAGAAAUUUGGACAAUAUGCAGGACAUGUUGUGCCAACCAUCUUGGAGAAAUUCAAAGAGAAGAAACCUCAAGUGGUACAAGCCCUGCAGGAGGCGAUUGAUGCAAUCUUCCUUACUACCACACUACAGAACAUCAGUGAGGAUGUUUUAGCAGUAAUGGAUAAUAAAAAUCCAACCAUCAAGCAGCAGACAUCUCUUUUUAUUGCAAGAAGUUUCCGCCACUGCACUGCUUCUACCCUGCCAAAGAGCUUGCUAAAGCCCUUUUGUGCUGCACUACUUAAGCACAUCAAUGAUUCUGCUCCUGAAGUCAGAGAUGCCGCAUUUGAAGCAUUGGGUACUGCUUUGAAGGUGGUUGGUGAGAAAGCAGUAAACCCAUUCUUAGCUGAUGUGGACAAACUCAAGCUUGAUAAGAUCAAAGAAUGUUCAGAAAAGGUAGAACUGAUACAUGGUAAGAAAGCUGGACUAGCUGCUGAUAAGAAGGAAUGCAAACCUCUCCCUGGAAGGACUGCUGCUUCAGGGGCUGCAGGAGAUAAGGACACAAAGGACAUUUCCACACCCAAACCAGGACCUCUAAAAAAGGCACCUGCUGCCAAGGCUGGUGGGCCAUCGAAAAAGGGGAAACCAGCUGCACCAGGAGGCCCAGGGAAUACUGGAACCAAGAACAAGAAAGGACUGGAGACUAAAGAAAUAGUGGAGCCUGAGCUCUCGAUAGAAGUAUGUGAAGAAAAAGCUUCAGCCGUUCUUCCCCCUACCUGUAUACAGCUUCUUGACAGCAGUAACUGGAAAGAAAGGCUGGCUUGUAUGGAAGAGUUCCAGAAGGCUGUUGAGCUAAUGGACCGAGCUGAAAUGCCAUGCCAGGCAUUAGUGAGGAUGCUAGCCAAGAAACCUGGAUGGAAAGAAACUAAUUUUCAGGUGAUGCAAAUGAAGCUUCAUAUAGUUGCUUUGAUUGCCCAGAAGGGAAAUUUUUCCAAAACGUCAGCUCAGAUUGUAUUAGAUGGCCUUGUGGACAAGAUUGGAGAUGUGAAAUGUGGGAACAAUGCAAAAGAAGCUAUGACAGCAAUAGCUGAAGCCUGUAUGUUACCAUGGACUGCUGAACAGGUUGUGUCAAUGGCUUUCUCACAAAAGAAUCCCAAAAAUCAGUCAGAAACUCUGAAUUGGCUAUCAAAUGCCAUAAAAGAAUUUGGUUUUUCUGGGUUGAAUGUCAAAGCUUUCAUUAGCAAUGUGAAGACAGCUCUUGCUGCAACAAACCCAGCUGUGAGGACUGCUGCCAUAACCCUGCUUGGCGUGAUGUAUCUGUAUGUUGGUCCCUCUUUGCGAAUGUUCUUUGAGGAUGAGAAGCCUGCCCUCCUAUCCCAGAUAGAUGCAGAAUUUGAGAAGAUGCAGGGACAAAGUCCACCUGCUCCAACCAGAGGAAUUUCCAAACAUAGCACAAGUGGUACAGAUGAAGGAGAAGAUGGAGAUGAACCAGAUGACGGGAGCAAUGAUGUCGUUGAUCUUUUGCCGAGGACGGAGAUCAGUGAUAAAAUCACUUCAGAGUUGGUAUCUAAGAUUGGUGAUAAGAAUUGGAAGAUUAGGAAAGAAGGCCUAGAUGAAGUGGCAGGUAUUAUUAAUGAAGCAAAAUUUAUCCAACCGAAUAUAGGUGAACUUCCAACUGCCUUGAAGGGUCGACUCAAUGAUUCAAAUAAAAUCUUGGUACAGCAAACGUUGAAUAUCCUGCAACAACUGGCAGUAGCCAUGGGCCCAAAUAUUAAGCAACAUGUAAAAAAUUUAGGCAUCCCUAUCAUCACAGUCCUUGGAGACAGCAAGAACAAUGUUCGAGCUGCUGCCCUAGCGACUGUGAAUGCUUGGGCAGAACAGACUGGCAUGAAGGAAUGGCUGGAAGGAGAAGAUCUUUCUGAAGAGCUCAAAAAGGAAAAUCCUUUCUUGAGGCAAGAGCUUCUGGGCUGGCUGGCUGAGAAACUACCUACUCUUCGUUCCACUCCUACAGACCUUAUCCUUUGUGUUCCUCAUCUCUACUCCUGCCUAGAAGAUCGAAAUGGAGAUGUGCGAAAGAAGGCCCAAGAUGCUUUGCCAUUCUUCAUGAUGCAUUUAGGAUAUGAAAAAAUGGCCAAGGCUACUGGGAAACUAAAGCCAACUUCUAAAGAUCAGGUAUUGGCCAUGCUAGAGAAAGCCAAAGCUAACAUGCCAGCCAAGCCUGCUCCACCCACUAAAGCAACUUCUAAACCAAUGGGAGGGUCCGCUCCAGCCAAAUUCCAGCCUGCAUCAGCACCUGCCGAAGAUUCUAUUUCCAGCAGUACAGAACCCAAACCUGAUCCAAAAAAGGCCAAAGCUCCAGGAUUAUCCUCUAAAGCAAAGAGUGCACAAGGGAAGAAGGUGCCAAGCAAAACCAGCUUAAAGGAGGAUGAAGACAAAUCUGGGCCUAUUUUUAUUGUUGUUCCAAAUGGAAAAGAGCAAAGGAUGAAAGAUGAAAAAGGAUUGAAGGUGCUAAAGUGGAAUUUUACUACCCCACGGGAUGAAUACAUUGAGCAACUAAAGACUCAAAUGUCUAGCUGUGUGGCUAAAUGGUUACAAGAUGAGAUGUUUCACUCCGACUUUCAGCAUCAUAACAAAGCCCUGGCUGUUAUGGUUGAUCACCUGGAGAGUGAAAAAGAAGGUGUUAUUGGUUGCCUGGAUCUUAUCUUAAAGUGGCUUACCCUGAGGUUUUUUGACACCAAUACAAGCGUCCUGAUGAAAGCACUAGAAUAUUUAAAAUUGCUCUUCACCUUGCUAAGUGAGGAAGAAUAUCAUCUUACUGAGAAUGAAGCAUCUUCCUUCAUCCCCUAUCUUGUCGUCAAGGUUGGAGAACCAAAGGAUGUCAUUCGUAAAGAUGUUCGUGCCAUCCUGAACCGGAUGUGCCUUGUCUACCCAGCUAGCAAGAUGUUUCCCUUUAUCAUGGAAGGAACCAAAUCCAAAAACUCUAAGCAGAGAGCAGAGUGCCUGGAAGAGCUGGGAUGUCUGGUUGAGUCCUAUGGCAUGAAUGUUUGCCAACCAACCCCAGGAAAAGCCUUAAAGGAAAUAGCUGUUCACAUAGGAGACCGUGACAAUGCUGUACGCAAUGCUGCACUCAACACCAUUGUAACGGUGUACAAUGUACAUGGGGAUCAGGUGUUCAAACUGAUUGGAAAUCUUUCUGAAAAGGAUAUGAGCAUGCUUGAGGAGAGGAUUAAGCGGUCAGCAAAGAGACCCUCUGCUGCACCAAUAAAACAGGUGGAAGAGAAACCUCAGCGUGCACAGAACAUAAGCUCCAAUGCCAACAUGUUACGCAAGGGACCAGCUGAGGACAUGUCUUCCAAACUCAAAAUUAUGUAUCGCACUUAUAGGAUCCAAGCCCGAAGCAUGAGUGGGCAUCCUGAGGCAGCCCAGAUGGUCCGCCGAGAAUUCCAGCUGGAUCUAGAUGAGAUUGAGAAUGACAGUGGUACAGUCCGAUGUGAAAUGCCAGAACUUGUUCAGCACAAACUGGAUGACAUUUUUGAGCCAGUCCUUAUUCCUGAACCCAAGAUCCGGGCUGUUUCUCCACAUUUCGAUGACAUGCACAGUAAUACAGCAUCCACAAUCAAUUUCAUUAUCUCCCAAGUAGCCAGUGGUGACAUCAACACAAGUAUCCAAGCUCUGACACAGAUCGAUGAGGUCCUGAGACAGGAAGACAAAGCUGAAGCCAUGUCUGGCCAUAUUGAUCAGUUUCUUAUAGCCACGUUUAUGCAGCUAAGACUCAUCUACAACACACACAUGGCAGAUGAGAAAUUGGAGAAGGAUGAGAUCAUCAAGUUGUAUAGCUGUAUCAUUGGCAACAUGAUUUCGCUGUUUCAGAUAGAGAGCCUUGCCCGGGAGGCCUCCACUGGAGUACUAAAAGACCUAAUGCAUGGCCUCAUCACCUUAAUGCUGGAUUCUCGGAUUGAAGAUCUUGAGGAAGGACAACAGGUCAUCCGCUCUGUGAACCUCUUGGUGGUGAAGGUUCUGGAGAAGUCAGACCAGACCAACAUCCUGAGUGCCCUACUUGUUUUGCUCCAAGACAGCCUGCUAGCAACAGCCAGUUCUCCCAAAUUCUCAGAGCUUGUUAUGAAGUGUCUCUGGAGAAUGGUUCGACUGUUGCCUGAUACCAUCAAUAGUAUUAACCUAGACAGAAUUCUUCUGGAUAUCCACAUUUUCAUGAAGGUGUUCCCCAAAGAGAAACUGAAGCAAUGCAAAAGUGAAUUUCCCAUAAGGACCCUAAAGACCCUGCUACACACCUUAUGCAAAUUAAAAGGGCCCAAGAUCCUGGACCACCUAACGAUGAUCGACAACAAAAACGAGUCUGAGCUGGAGGCCCAUCUCUGCCGGAUGAUGAAGCACAGUAUGGACCAGACUGGGAGCAAGUCUGAUAAGGAAACAGAAAAGGGAGCGUCUCGAAUAGAUGAAAAAUCAUCAAAGGCCAAAGUGAAUGAUUUCUUAGCUGAGAUUUUUAAGAAGAUUGGCUCUAAAGAAAACACUAAAGAGGGACUAGCAGAGUUAUAUGAAUAUAAGAAGAAAUACUCAGAUGCUGACAUUGAACCAUUUUUGAAAAAUUCCUCACAGUUCUUCCAGAGCUAUGUUGAAAGAGGCCUUCGGGUGAUUGAGAUGGAGAGGGAGGGCAAAGGUCGUAUUUCCACUUCAACAGGCAUCUCCCCUCAGAUGGAGGUCACAUGUGUGCCCACACCCACAAGCACAGUGUCCUCCAUAGGUAACACAAAUGGGGAGGAAGUGGGGCCAUCAGUCUACUUGGAAAGGCUAAAGAUCCUCCGACAGCGAUGUGGUCUGGACAACACAAAGCAAGAUGACCGACCUCCUCUGACCUCUUUGCUCUCCAAACCAGCAGUUCCUACCGUCGCCUCUUCCACAGACAUGCUCCACAGCAAACUCUCUCAGCUCCGGGAGUCACGGGAGCAGCACCAGCAUUCAGACCUGGAUUCUAACCAGACUCACUCUUCAGGAACUGUGACCUCCUCCUCCACAGCUAACAUAGAUGACUUGAAAAAAAGACUGGAGAGAAUAAAGAGCAGUCGCAAAUGAAGCUGCCCCACUCCCCUGGCACCCUGCAGCUUUAGUUUACUAAACUAGAAGUCCUCAUAGUUUAAAAUGGCCUCAGCAGGCCUAGUGUAUACAAACUGGUUGUAUGUAUCAUGCCGUGGAGCUGGGGGGAGUCGUUGUGGCACAAGUAUUUGUACAUACUCUGCUUCUCUCCGUCAGCGUCCCGCUGCUCUAGAAGACUGUCCGUGGAUGAGUUUAGUGUACAGACUUGUAAACAAACAGCUGCCCCCCCCUCUGCUCAGUCUAGUUCCCAGAUCCUUUUCUUUCUAAUUGCUCAUUUGUAAAAUUGUCCUAAUCUUUCCUAGCUUUUUAAUAGUUAUUAGAAACUCUUUAAUAGUUUUCCUUUCAGUUUAUGAGCUCUUCUCUGUCGCCCUGAAGGGUCACUGUAUUCUGUAUGAAUGCAUGGCAUGAUACAACUAAUUUAAGAGUCUUUUAUAAAUAAAGUUUGCAUUAACUAUACCUGA